CUAUUGUUUGCUGUGCUGUAGGUGGUGUCCAUGUCCAAAAAACUCAAAGAGAAGGAGACAGAGAUAUCAAAAUUAACGGAAUCACUUCACUUCCACACUGAGGGGAACCGUGAGCUGAAGGAACACCUUGAUGCUGCACUGAAUGAAGAAACAAUAGCUAAAAUAGAGCAAAGGAUUAGCAAGUACAAGACAGAGAGGGACACCACAAAGGAAGCAAUGAAGACCCUAAGAGCUUCAUGCGAUGAACAAUUAUCACUGAAAGAAUCCACCAUAUUGAGCCUUAGAGAAGAACUGUUGAAGUAUCAGGAAGAGAAGCAAGCCUGGGCUGUCAAGUAUAAGAAAAGAAAGAGCGAGCUCUCUGAACUCAAGAAAGGUUCUAAGGAAGCCAUAGCAAAGCUUCAUAGCCAGUUACAAGAGAAGGAGCAACUAUUACAGAGUCUUGCUGCACAUGAUACUGAUAGAGAUGAUGAUGAUGAUGAUGAUGAUGAUGAUGGAGGAGGUAAUAGUGAUGCAAAUCAGGAGGCAGAGUAUGUACAUGUAAGUAAUGAAGAAGAGAUGGAGGAAGAUAAUGAAUUAUAUCUAACAGCUGUCAACGACUCAUUUCAAUCAGGACCUUCAGUUCCAACUACAAAACACUCCACAGACAUUAAACAAAAAACUUCUCCAUCACUUUCACGUCAUACUCGAUCAUCAAUCCACAAAAGUAGCAAAGAGGCAAUUCCCUGUCAUACUCACCUAAGAGGAGCUUCUAAAGCAACCACUUCAACAUCAUCUCAAGUGAUUGUAAGAACAAAGACCGGAGAGAAGCAGUCAGUGAUAGUGCCUGGAGUAUUGGAAGAGAUGCCAAUAGGCAGUAUUGUAGUGGUGAAGAGAAAGGAUGGUAUUUAUGAGCAAGGACUCCUGAGAUAUGUUGGAAAGGAACAGUGUGGUGUGGAGCUGGAGCUACCAAGAGAAGGAACAAAUGGUAAAAAUUAUGAUGGAACCUAUAAAGAUGGUCAACGCUAUUUUCACUGGUAAGGACUAAUCCCUUUUUCAUGCUUUCCGUUAAUAAUCUCAUUAU